CGUUUCCACGCUCAGCGUGCGCUCACGCUGGCGCGAGCGCGGAGGGCGAGAGGGGAGGCGGGGGGCGAAGCGGGGUCAGCAGUUCUUCCACCGCUGCCUCCCCGCACCCUGCCCCUCGCCCGCCUCACGCCGGCGUGAGCGCGCGCUGCGCUAAGCGUGGAUACGACCAAUUCUUAACUGGAUAUAACAAUUGUGUCUAUCCUUUACCACCCAAACCAAAACCUCCAACCAUUUAGACGAUGACCCACCCCACCUAGUAAUCUCUAUAGAUAGAACGAAAACACACGUAUGUCUUCUCAAAAUUGUCUACAUACUUUAUCGUUUUCUUUUUUGACUGUUGUUCAGUCAGUGUGUAACGGUCUACCCACGUACGACGUUCGUCUAAAAACGCAAGUGUAUUGGAGAGACAAGAUGUCUCAACAACUGCAUGGUGUAGACGGUGUAGACUUAGACGAAGGCCAAUCUAGGUUGAGAUUGAGACAAAACCUGCUCGAUCACGCCGAAGAAGUCAAAGACACCGACGAAGUCGAAUUUUACUUUACGAAGUUGUCGUGUUUCGACCGCCAUUCUGCUAAUGGAGUCCAGGAGGAUGAAUCCGGCGAUGAGCCAGAUGAACUAUCUGGGAGACAUCCACGAGGUUCAAGACGUUUUAUGUAUGCUGUGAUCGCUGUAAUGCUGAUCUUACUCCUGGUGUUGGUGUGCGCGCGCGCGGUGCUGCAUAUUUGGUGUUGCGCUUUGGUAAUAGAUUACGGGGGUUAUUCAGGCAACUUGUAUGGCGAAAAUGAAGAACCAGUCAGAGUGUCCGUUACGUUUUUGGGGUUAGAAAUACUUUCUGGAGAGAACCAGUCAGAGUGUCUGAGAUAGGAAGUUAGCCCAAGCUGACCGCUGCUAUCGUUUACGUUAUCGUAGACAAGAGUUUUAAAAAAGCUUGUGUUCCUUGUGUUUUAGAGUAAGAUAAAACUUUGAGAUGUUCACGCAUGGCGUUACGCCUCAUAAAUUUGAUUAUUAAAGAAAAAUUUUUUCGUCAAAAGAUAUUUUGUCUCUUUAGCUUUGCUAUUUGA